CAGGGGAGAACUUGCUAGAUUAAAAUGACCUCUCUUGGAUCCGUACAUACGGCUCGUUAGACACAGUCCCCUUCCUCAGCCUGUAUGGAGAAAGGUCAAGGUACUUUCUUCGAGGAUUCAGGAUCACUACCUCAGCAGACCGUUAGAGAAAACAAAUUCACAGGCCAUUCGUAUCCUACGGGGGAGAUCCUGGUCAUUGGAGACAUUUUCCAGUUCACGCUCGAUGUGAGUGAAUUUUCUCCAGAGGAUGUUAUCAUGACAUUCUCCAACAACAUGAUAGAGGUGCAUGCGGAGAAGCUGGGAGACGAUGGCUCAGUCACAAACACUUUUUCCCACCAAUGCAAACUACCAUCGUCAGUGGACCCGAAAUCUGUGACCAUGACCAUGGACAGCAGCGGGUUCCUGACUGUCAGAGCACACAGGUUACAGUAGCUCCAGAUGUUUGAUGUCUCUUCUCUGCCUUUGACAUGUCAACGCUGGAGUUUUGGCGACAUCUGGCGGCGCCUGAAGGAAUCAACCAGUGCAUCAUUCAUUUAGUGUACUUGAACACAGCAACACAGCAAAUACUAUUUUAAAAGUGUGAUUUUCUUUGAUUUUCUUGUUAACAUGAUGUGACAUUUAAGGAGGACAGCACAGAAACCUGCAAAUGAUUGCUGAAAUAAAUGUACACAACAUUUGUUAAUAGAUUAACUGAAACAUUUUUAGCACAUCUGCUGUAACUCUAUGAGGCUUUAUGUCUAAAGCAGUGGUUCUCAACGUUUUAAGUGUCAAAGACCCCCAAUAUUGAUACACAUCAGGUUGUGAGCCCUUGUUUGAUAACAUCUGAUAGAGAUCUGAUAAGAUUUAGAUCCAUAACUGGGUCGACUGGCAGAUUGGCGGUGAAGAGUGUAAAACCUAUGAAACAGAAUAGACCUGCUGUCAUUGGGCUUACUUUUUAGCCCAUGAAAUAAUAGUGAAAUUAAAAUAUCCCCCUUUUAUUCUGGGGACCACUUUAAGGACUCCUGGGGGUCCCCGGACCCAUGGUUGAGAACCACUGGUCUAAAGUGUUCUUGUGUUUCAUCCAAAAAGCUGAGCGCCAAAUAAAGCUGUAACACCUGAAGACAACAUCACAAACUAACAAACCCAACUGGACUACGCACAGACUGUAACCACGGUAACCAAGGAAGAGCCAUUACAUCAUAACACCAACAUCUGAUGCUGUUUGGUGCCAUUUCUAUUGAAGGCUGUGAGUCCUCGGAGAAACACACUAAAACCAUCUGCUUACAGAUCUACGUCAUGUGACCUCUGAUGACGAAAUGCCUCUGAACUAAACUUGUUCCUUUGCUGUUAUUCAAAUAAUAUCCAAAGAGGAGUUUAGGGAUUAAAAACAACAUAUAUAUUGUUGUUUUUUUCUUUAAUAUUUAUCCUGAAGUCAACAUUUAACAAGGGGACAUUUAACUUAGCCAUGUUGAGCCUUUGAAUUGAACUCGGCAUGAGCCCCGUAAAGUAUGAAUACAAUCAUCUUUGGAUAUGAUUUAGAGAACAAAUAAACUAAUGUGCACAUCUGGAAUAACCUCUGAAGUGUGUCCUUUCAUGUGGUAGAGACAUUUCUGCAUUGAACGGUCACAG